AUGGCAAUUCUCCUCAACACUGCACAUGGUAAAAUUUUAAUAGCUAAUAUCUACAAGCAUCCAACAUUUCAACUUUCUGAAUCACACAUCAAGAAACUUUCUGAUGAAGCUAAAAUCCACGAUAGCUCCAUACUGAUUGGAGGAGAUUUCAACUCUCAUCACACUUCUUGGGGUUGUGGGAGAAAUUGCAGAAGCGGGAAUAAUAUAUUCGAUGCGGCUUUUGAGAAUGACUUACACAUACUGAAUGAUGGCUCUCCUACUUACAUCAACAACCCGAAUCAACAUCCAUCAGCAAUCGACCUGACUCUGGUAUCCGUUUACCUUGCCAUUUCGUGCUCAUGGUCUGUCUUAACAGAUGCGAUGAACAGCGAUCAUUAUCCGAUUGAAAUAAAAAUUGGAACCUCUGGUGAUGAAUACAAGUUUUUUAAACAUAAAUUCAAAAUAAAAGGAGUAAACUGGGAGGAAUUCUAUAAGCAUCUAGAUAGUGAACUAGAAAACAUCACCAAACUGUACCCUGACGCAACAAAAGCAUACGAAAAACUAGUAAGUACGAUUAUAAACGGUCUCAGUCACAACCAAACAUCUCAGGAUAAAACAAACAAACAAGCAUCUAAUGCACAUACAAAAACUAACAUCAAAAGACCACAUAAGUCUCCAGCUCCCUGGUGGACCCCGGACUGCGCUAAGGCAGUUCAUAAGAGAAAAUUAACUUACUCUAACUUCAGAAUAAACGGUAGCUACGAAAACUAUUUAGCCAUGAAGAGGCAAGAAGCAGAAACCAGACGUAUUCUUAGAAAAGCCAAGAAAGAUGGCUGGAAAGCCUUCUGUGGAACUAUCAAUCGAAAUACUCCACCAAACGCAAUUUGGAACAAAAUCAAAGCUUUCAAAAAUAAAGCUAUGUCUACCCUCCAACACAUAACCCAACAAGACCAACUAGACGGAGUUUUAAAAAAAGAAUUUAUAAAUACGUUCUGUCACAACAGCUCUAAAAUUUUGCUGUCACAAGAAGUCAUAAACAACAUCACAAGAUUGCAAUCUGACCAAGACAACAAUGAGAAUCCAUUCACACCCAAUAGAGAUACAAAAAUAUCAACACCAAUAACUCUCUACACAUAA